AGACAUUUGGCAGCGAAUUGGAAGAAUAUCAAUAAUUGAAACCCAUGUUAAUGGAUUUAAACCGAAGUUUACGAAAAAAAAUAUACCAGAGAGGGAAUUGCUUUGAGGUGUGAAGCGAAGACUUUCCUUUUCAUGCCAACGCAAUCGUUCCAAAUUGAGGAUCUUAAUUGCUUCUUCCUCUAGAUGUUCACGAUUCCUGGAAUUUAAGAAUGGCCGGAACCCUCCAGAUGCAAUGUGAAGCCUCUGACAGCCAUAACGAGUCGUUCCAAAGACUAGUAGCAAUAAUGAAUGCCGAGUCCCCCUGCUCCUCCCACGAGACUGACCAAGGUAGUACCACAUACCUAAGACCCCGUCUCCUCCGCAGGCGAAGGAAAUCCCCAUGUUUUCAGAUGAUGGUGCGCUACGUUGCCAAAGGCUUCUUGACAAAAGAGAGUGACAGGCAAUAUUAUGCUGAUAGAUAUACCUGCUGCCCCCCUCCUUGGUUCAUACCUGUUAUUACUUUAGCUGAAAUCGGCCUCUUCACGUAUCAUUGUUUGGACGCCGGGGUCAUUUCUGCAAACGGACCAAUACCAGUAGAGAGUGUUCUUAUCUACAGACCAGACAGAAGGAUUCAGUUAUGGCGGUUCAUCACGUACACCCUCAUCCAUGCAGGAUGGGUCCACUUAUUUUUCAACAUGCUCGUACAGAUUCUCGUGGGUCUCCCCCUGGAAAUGGUGCAUGGGUCAGGAAGAGUAAUGAUAGUGUACAUUUCAGGAGUCUUAGCAGGGUCCCUCGGUACCUCUGUGUUUGAUACGAAGGCGUACCUCGCAGGGGCCUCAGGGGGAGUCUACUCUUUACUCGCAGCUCAUCUGGCUAACAUCAUGCUGAAUUACUCUGAAAUGGAAUUCGGGCUCGUUAAAGUUGGUGCUGUUUUAAUUAUAGCUAGUGCUGACGUGGGAUUUGCAGUAUGGGACAGACUACUGGAGAAAGACUUACUCCCCCAGGUCAGUUACACUGCCCACUUAAUGGGGUCCCUGGCAGGACUGACCGUGGGGCUGCUGGUGCUGAAGAACUUUGAUCAGAGACUAUACGAACAAUACUUGUGGUGGAUUGCGUUCGCUGUUUACAUGGGUUGGACAGUCUUCGCUGUUUGCUGGAAUGUCUUUUAUUACUAAUUCUAAAUGACGUUUCGCUUAGUUUUCAGACAAUUCUUAUUUAUUGUUGAAUCUUUUUUAUAUUUGUUUUCAUUUGUUUUUGUUAAUACUGUAAAAUAAAUUGAAUUAAAAUAAUUGGU